AUGAGCGCCAACACUCAGCGAAUGCUCGCACUGGGAAUUGAAGGAAGCGCGAACAAAAUUGCGGUUGGUAUUGUGGAUAGGAACGGAAACGUAUUGUCGAAUGAGCGUGAAACUUAUAUAACCCCGCCCGGAACGGGGUUCAUGCCACGGGAAACAGCACAGCACCACACAGCCCAUAUUCUGCGACUCGUACAGGCGGCCAUGAAAGCGGCGAAAGUUCAUGCCUCUGAUAUAAGCGUUAUAUGCUACACCAAAGGCCCUGGAAUGGGGGCCCCACUAGCGGUGGGUUGCACCGUCGCCAAGACGCUCUCGCUCCUGUGGUCAGUCCCUUUGGUCGGGGUGAAUCACUGCAUAGGGCAUAUAGAAAUGGGCCGUGUCGUUACAGGGAGUGAGAAUCCUAUAGUGCUCUAUGUGAGCGGCGGUAACACGCAAGUGAUUGCAUACGCAGAACAUCGCUACCGCAUUUUUGGCGAGACGAUCGAUAUUGCGGUGGGGAACUGCCUGGAUCGAGUAGCCCGCCUCUUAAAUCUAUCCAACGAUCCGGCGCCAGGCUACAAUAUUGAGCAAUGCGCGAAACGCGGCCGCGUUUUCAUCGAACUUCCGUACGUUGUUAAAGGUAUGGACAUGUCAUUCAGUGGGUUGCUUUCCUUCGUAGAGGCGCUCCUGCAUCACCCCUUGUUUCUGGACAAGGAGAAAUGCGCCCCAUCAUCCGCAUCGUCUCCUUCCACCGGCCAACGCCGCGCCUUACCGAGUGGCGUACAGAGCGCUGUGGCAGAACAAUUCGGCAUCGAUGACAUCUGCUACUCCCUGCAAGAAAUAAUGUUUGCCGUGUUGGCGGAGGUGACGGAACGCGCCAUGGCGCAGUGUUCUUCCAACGAGGUACUUAUCGUUGGUGGUGUCGGAUGCAACGUUCGGUUGCAAGAAAUGAUGCGACAAAUGGCGGAGUCACGUGGGGGGCGCUGCUUUGAUAUGGAUGCCCGGUAUUGUAUCGACAACGGGUGCAUGAUUGCUUAUGCAGGAAUGCUGGAAUUCACGGCAGGCGGAUUCACGCCGCUCUCGAGUGCAACGAUUACCCAGAGGUUCCGCACCGAUGAAAUCAACGUAGUGUGGCGCACUUAA